AUGGAAUUAUAUCAUUCUCUCUAUCAUCCAGUAGCAGCAGUAGCAACAGCAACAACAACUACCUCCACUGCUGUGAACACGACGAACGAUGGUGGUAUUCAUAGCACCUCCAAUCUUCUUCUCUAUUCAGCACCACCACCUCAAGUCGAAUCGAAUUCUUCCAAUCGGUCAUCUCCCAAUCAUCUUAACCUUCUCCACUCACUCCAUCCAAACACUACCACCACAACCACCACCACACAAAUGCAACACCUCUUAUCGACUGCUGUGAAUGCCAACAACAGCUAUCCAUUGACUUCUUUGAUGUUGGAAAAACAACUUCAUCCACACUCCACCUUGUACACUUCACCUUCUGCAUUUCAAUCGAAUAUUCAUCAUAACCAUCCAUACUUGCAUCAUCAUCAACUUUCUCAUAAUUUGCUUCAAAACCAACAACAAUUGCUUGUUUUGAAUCAACAGAAUUACCAACAACAAGCAUUGUACGAUUCCAACAUGGUCAAUUCCAACAGCAACAACACAGACUUUCUUGGUUUGGACAUGGAUGAGGCACUUUUUUCACACAUCCAACAACUUCAGGAAUUGACCUCUCAACCACAACAGUGUUCUCUCUUGAACCAUUUGCCACAACAACAUGCACCCAUUCAGUUACCUUCUCAACAUCAACAACAACCCACGAUAAACACACUCUCGUAUAAGGUCAUCGCCCAACAACAGGCAUCGUUGCUUCAACAACAACAACUUCAACAACAAGUAAAAUCCAAUGCAAUCACACAAUCUCCAACUACAAUGACCUCAUCAUCAUUGAAUUCAACAACUCCUCUUCAAAACACUGCAAAUAACAACAUUCCCUCUCAAAACACCGUCGUGAAUGACCCUUCGUCGACGAAUAUUGUUGAGAAUAACAACGCUGCAUCCUCCAAUCAUCAGGACUCUUGGCAAACAGAAUGGCUCGAUUCCAAACGAGAACAUGAAUGGGAAUUGGGUGAAUUUCCUCAAUUCAAAGCUUGUAAGAAGAGAAAGGAAUUUUUCACUUCUCAAUUCGAAACCAUUUGGUACAAAAUCCCAUACAAGUAUCACAUGCUCAUGAAGAUGAAUAGCUUUGGUAACGAUUAUGUGAGUACUGCCACUCUCACUUCACAGAAUGCAAAACAACCUUCACGAAAAGCCCUCAAUGAACUGAACAAGAAUAAGGUCAAGUGCCGAGUGGAGAUUUGCUUUGAAGAUGGUUCUCCCGUGUUGCCAGGAGAUGGUCAACCUUGUUGCAUGUCCAACACAGAACAUUCCUUCGAUGGUAUGAAUUUGAAAUUGGGUCCAUUUCAGUUCAAUAUUUGCUCCUACAAGUAUGGAUACAAAAAGUUUAGGUUAUUAGUGAUCUUGUCUGUGAGAGAGGGAAAUACUAACUCCAACACUUACAAGGAUGUGGUCGUGUUGAAAUCACCUCCAUUUGUCAUCAAAUCCAAAAAGCCCAUUGCAAGACCUGGCUCUAAAAAGCAACAACAACAAGCUUCAACAUCAUCCAGUAGUUCAAGCCCAAAUUCUUCUCAUGAGGAAGAUCAUGAUUCCCCUCGAACGACAGUUGCUUCUGCUGCAACACCACUCUCACCACCCGAAGAGUCUUCUUCUCCCAAUGAAACCUCUCCAAAACCUUCCAUGACUCUAACUUUCAAGAAAGGCUCAAAGAGAACUCGAGAUCAAGAAUCUGUUGGUCUUGAAAACACCUCAGCCUCAACACCAUCCUUCUAUGCUGCUGGUGCACAAUCACCCUUCUCCUCAUCCAACAUGUUUGCAUCCAAUUUGUUUGAUACUUGCGAGAGUUUGAAAUUGCAAGGAAAUAGCGAACAACACACAUUGAUGGAACAACAAUUAUUGACGCUCUUACUGGGCUCCAUGAACCCAACCGUAUUGGAUUUGCCAUUUACCACCACAGAAACACACAACAACGCCACCACUAGUACGGUUCAUAACAUACCAAUUGAAGUGCAACAACAGCAAAUCAUGAAUGAUUUCGUUGAUCAAUCACCUACAUGGAACACUUAUGAAAGAGAGUUGAAGAAGAUGUGCACCGAGAAUAAGCAAGCACCUUAUCAACAAGAACAACAACAAACAGAUGUGAAUCCAUUGUUUGGUCUCAAAUAA